AUGUUAGAUAUCAACCAAUUUAUUGAGGAAAAGGGUGGUAACCCAGAAUUAAUCAGACAAUCUCAAAAAGCUAGAGGUGACAGCGUUGAAAUUGUAGAUGAGAUCAUUGCCCUUUAUAAGGACUGGGUCAAGACCAGAUUCGAAUUAGACGAAUGUAACAAGAAAAUGAACAAAUUGCAAAAGGAAAUUGGUUUGAAAUUCAAGAACAAAGAAGAUGCUACUGAACUAUUAGCUCAAAAGGAUAAGAUCGUUGAAGAAAAAAAAUCUCUGAUAGAAAAGGAGCAAGUUGAGGACAACGAUUUGAAAUCUAAGGUCAACCAAGUCGGUAACAUUGUCCACCCAUCCGUUGUUAUCUCUAAUGAUGAAGAAAACAACGAAUUGGUAAGGACUUGGAAACCAGAAGGUUUAGAGGACGUCGGUCCAAUUGCAUCUGCCACUGGUAAACCAGCUGCUUUAUCUCACCAUGAAAUUCUAUUAAGAUUAGACGGUUACGAUCCAGAACGUGGUGUCAAGAUUUCAGGCCACAGAGGUUACUUCCUAAGAAACUACGGUGUCUUCUUAAAUCAAGCUUUAAUCAACUACGGUUUAAACUUCUUAGCUAAAGAGGGCUACGUACCAUUACAAGCCCCAGUUAUGAUGAACAAAGAAGUUAUGGCCAAGACUGCCCAAUUAUCUCAAUUCGAUGAAGAAUUAUACAAGGUCAUUGAUGGUGAAGAUGAAAAAUAUUUGAUUGCCACUUCUGAACAACCAAUCUCUGCUUACCACAGUGGUGAAUGGUUCGAAAGUCCACAAGAACAAUUACCUAUCCGUUACGUCGGUUACUCUACUUGUUUCCGUAGAGAAGCUGGUUCUCACGGUAAAGAUGCUUGGGGUAUUUUCAGAGUUCAUGCAUUUGAAAAAAUUGAACAAUUCGUUUUAACUGAACCAGAAAAAUCAUGGGAAGAAUUCGAUAAGAUGAUUGAUCACUCUGAAGAAUUUUACAAAUCUUUAAAAUUACCAUACCGUGUUGUUGGUAUCGUUUCUGGUGAAUUAAACAAUGCUGCUGCCAAGAAAUAUGAUUUAGAAGCAUGGUUUCCAUACCAAAAGGAAUACAAAGAAUUAGUUUCUUGUUCCAAUUGUACUGACUAUCAAUCUAGAAACUUAGAAAUCAGAUGUGGUAUCAAGAAGAUGGGUGACAGAGAAAAGAAAUACGUCCACUGUUUGAACUCUACUUUAAGUGCUACCGAAAGAGCCUUAUGUUGUAUUUUAGAAAACUACCAAACUGAAGACGGUUUAAUCGUUCCAGAAGUCUUAAGAAAAUACAUCCCAGGUGAACCAGAAUUCUUACCAUUCGUUAAAGAAUUACCAAAGAACUCCACUUCUAACAAGAAGAAAUAA